AUGCCAGGACUCACUGCCCGCAAAGGACCGGCAGUAUCCCUGGUCCAAGAUCAGGACAUUGUGCUCACGACCGAAGCUGGCUUGUCUGAUCUGUGCAUUACCAUCAUUGGCUCAGUCGAUGACGAUGGCGUCAAACACGUCACAGACCUGCUCGUCAGUUUGGAUAUCUGUACCAGGUCACCUUAUGUGAAGGCUCUCCUCGAAGCUAGCAAGGACAAGACAGAGCUUACCUUUGGUGGUGAAGCCAAAUCCGACUACGACGGUGAGAACAAGGAGGAGUUGGGCCUCUUCAAAGUCUCGCUCGUGGGAAUCUGGCAUGCGAUAUCGCUGUGGGACAGCCGUCAAGAAGGCAAGAUCAAAGAGACUUUGGGAUCUUGGUUCAACAAAUGGUACGAGAAGAACAUGGCCAAAGUCGACUUGACUGUCCCGACUGCUCGAGCCCUCGCAUACCCAUGCUAUAUCUUCGACCAUGCUGUCGGCUAUGCGCGCGUCACCAAGUACCUCGCCUAUGAGCAUGUUGGACACGUCAAGGAGCGUCCGCCGAAAGGUUUCAAGGGUCCCAAGCACCUCCACAUCAACGAGCGCAUGUUUGUCGGUCCUCUGAACCAUGCCCGCGGAGGCCUCCGUAACUCCCUUCACAAGUCACUCUAUUCGCGCGUCGGCAGAAUCCUUCGUUCCGAGACUUCGCUGUGCUCCUGCUGGGAUGCCACUAUCGGUCGUUACCAGCUAGCCCUCACCAAGUGCGAUGCUUGGCCAGUCGACGAUGUCCUCAACUACUCUAGUAUCGGCCAGGUCGUACGUCGCCUCAAGGCUUUCGAUUACGCGUACACUGCGAAGUGCAAUCGCUGCCGUAGCAUCGACUGGGAGAGUACCGUACUCAAGGCGAUGUCCAACACGCUCGGAUACUUCAAUGGCAUGUGCCUUGAUUGUAUGGAUCGUAGCAAACCUCGCGGAGAUAACCUGGACGACGAGUAUGAGAAACACAACCAGUCUGUUGGAGGUCGAUGGGAUACAAAGUGCCGCAUCAAGCAUGGUCAACCUACCUGGUACAUAUCCUGGCUCGGUCGACCGGACCUCCGUGAGAAGAUCCUCCGAGGUCCUGACGGCUACCGUGUACCUGAAGAGGAUUAA